AUGACGACGAUCAAUUCCCCUCCGGAAGAUAUUAAGAUGGAGGAUGGUACCAGGGUAACCCCUUCAGUAUCUGGGGAGAAUGAGGAACCAAAAUUUGGAGGAUUUACAAGGUUUGAAAUCGAACUUGAGUUCAUAAAUGCCAUCUCAUCGCCCUACUACCUGAUGCACUUAGCCUCCCUCUCCUCUGGUACUCUCCUCAGCUCCCCACCAUUCAUCGCCUACCUCAAAUAUUUGCAAUACUUUACCCAACCCCCAUACCUCAAAUUCCUCUCCUAUCCUGGACCUAGUCUGAAACACCUAGAAUUAUUACAAAAUGAGAAUUUCAGAAGGGAUUGUUUGAGUAUAGAUAUUAUAAGUAUGCUCGCCAGUGAGGAUAUGGCAGCAGUAGAGAGGUGGCAGAAGGAAUGA